CCAGCGGAAAUUACCGCUUUCACUUCUGAUUAGAAAGCAUGGCAGAUACCGAUGAGGAAUAUAUUGAGGGCAUUACAGAAGAUGAGGAUGACUUCGAUAUCCAAACUUCUCGAGGAAGCUCUGCGCGCGGCCCGCGCUCAAGGAGAAAGAAACAGCGCGGGGGUGCUGAAUGGGAGGUUUCAAGAACAUGGGAGACAUUAGUGGAGGGUGCUGAUGGCACAAUCAGCUCUACUGUUGAGGGGCUUCUCGAAGCUGGCAAAAGGAAGAGGUGAGCUCGGACGAGGAAUGCAGAGCUGCUAUUAUUCCAGGAAUGAAAUCACUGUGAGUGCAGGGCCAUGGCAACUAAAUCCUAGUCCCUUUGCAGACUGUUAAGAGAUACAACCCCACUACAACGCGGUAUAAUUCGACAUCUUAUCCUGAUAUUGGAUCUCUCCCAGUCGAUGGCAGAGAAAGACCUGCGUCCAAACCGAUAUCUUCUUACGCUCCGGUAUACGCAAGAGUUCGUGGUGGAGUUUUUCGAACAAAACCCUAUCUCUCAACUCGGUGUCCUUGGUUUGAGAGAUGGCCUGGCGAUCAGAAUUAGUGACCUGAGUGGCAAUCCUACGGAGCACCUUAAUGCUAUAGAAGCAUUACGAAGUCAGGACCCGAAGGGUCUUCCGAGUCUGCAAAAUGGGCUUGAAAUGGCUCGGGGAGCUCUUUUCCAUACUCCAAGUCACGGAACACGGGAAAUUCUUAUAAUCUUCGGGUCUCUCUUGUCAUCCGAUCCCGGAGAUAUUCAUCAAACAAUAACUACGCUUGUAAACGACAAAAUUCGUGUCGGAAUAGUUGGCCUUGCCGCUCAAGUAGCAAUAUGUGGUGAGCUUUGCGCCAAGACCAAUAGUGGUGAUGAUACUGUAUAUGGUGUUGCUCUCAAUGAGCAACACUUCCGUGAACUAAUGAUGGAUGUAACCACACCACCGGUUACAUAUUCUCAAAAACAGUCUGCUAGCUCCCUCUUGAUGAUGGGGUUCCCGUCUCGUACAGUUGAAACUUACCCGUCUCUUUGCGCAUGCCAUUCCAAACCUUCUUGCGGAGGAUAUCUGUGUUCGCGAUGCAGCAGUAAAGUUUGCAGCCUUCCCGCUGAAUGCCCUGCUUGUGGUCUUACUCUAAUACUUUCAACACACCUUGCUCGGUCAUAUCAUCAUUUAUUUCCUCUUAUCAACUGGGUGGAGGUUCCGUGGCAACAUGCAUCACGAAGUUCAGCUUGCUUUGCCUGUGGCAUAGCAUUCCCCGCGGUACCUCCAGAGGAGCAGUGGCAGGCCACAACAAGCCAUACUAAAGGAAUGAGUGUGAGCAGUCGGUAUGAAUGCACUGUUUGCAAGAACCAUUUCUGUAUUGACUGUGAUCUCUUCGCCCAUGACGUUGUGCAUAAUUGUCCUGGCUGCCAGAGCGGAAAUACUCUAAAGUUAGAUGCGGUAGCAGGAUAGGUGCUGCAACAUAGCAUAUUGUAAUUAGCAAUGCACAAAGGACCUAGGAAAUUGAGGAUAUGUUGCAAGGGUGCUAUUAGUUAUUUCAG